UGCAUCAUUACCACGUUACUAACCUUUCAAUAAGAAAACGAUAAUGAGAUAAAAUACGUUUUGUUUAUUCAAUUUCAUUGGUAUUAUCAUUUAAGUUUUCAACACCAUUUAUUGGAAAGAGAAUUAAUACUACUAUAAAAAUUUAAUUAUUAUGGAAAGUACAAAAAAUUUGAAAAAUGUAGAGAGUCCUGACGAUUAUUUUGAAGAAUACGAAAGUCUUGAUGUUCAUGAAUUGAUGCUUAAAGACAAUCCUCGAGUUCUGGCUUAUAAAAAUGCUAUAUUUAACAAGAAAGAUUUAUUUUUCAAUAAAAUUGUGAUGGACGUUGGUGCCGGUACUGGAAUUUUGUCAAUUUUUUGCGCUCAAGCUGGUGCAAAAAAAGUAUUUGCAGUAGAGGCAAACAAAUGUUCAUUAUUAGCAGAUGAAGUAGUCAAAGAAAAUAAUUUUAUAGACAUCAUUCAAGUUAUACCUAGUAAACUUGAAGACGUUAAACCAGAAACAAUCGGAAAAGUUGACAUCAUUGUAUCUGAAUGGAUGGGCUUUUAUUUAGUUCAUGAAGGGAUGUUAGAUACAGUAUUAAUAGCUCGAGAUCGGUUUUUAAAUGAAGAUGGACAAUUAUUUCCCAAUAUUGCUAAAAUGUACGCUGCUCCGUGUCAAUUGCCAUCAAUGUAUGAUUUUUGGGAUAAUGUUCAUGGAGUAAAAAUGCAAUGUAUUGGAAAUAAAAUACGACAGCAAAAAAAAUCAAAGCCUGAAAUAAUGCUCGUUGAUGACCGCGAUUUGCUAGCAGAUCCAAAAAUAUUAGCUUGGAUCGACCUGAAAACAGCAAUCACUGUAGAUCUAGAUAUAAUUGGAGGACAAGACUUGGUAUUUCCAUGCCAACAAUCUGGAAAAUUACAAGGAGUUUGUAUAUGGUUUGAAGUUGAAUUCCCUGACGGUUCUCUAUUAUCAACAAGUCCUUCUGAUUAUCCUACUCAUUGGAAACAAACAAGCAUUCCCAUGCCUAACAGUGCUGAAGUUGUUGAAGGAGAACCUUUAGCAUUUCGUAUUACGUUAAAUCGAGAUAUGAAAGAUAAGCGAAAAUAUAAUUUAGAACUUAUUGUUUUAAAUCCUGAUGAAACAGAACAUGAAAUACCUUGUGAUUGUUAUAUGACCAAGUGUAUUGUCACUAAACAAUAUAUGGAGAUUCACAAUUAAGAUAUGUAUGUUAUUUGCACAAAUAUAGAAUUUGUGUAGAAAA